GUGUAGACUGUAGUGUGUAUUGCCAACAAAAGCAACUCUGCUCUAGAUGUAUAGUUCUCAUUGGUGGAAUGCAUCAACAUAUAUCAUAAAUGGACUGCGCGUGACAAACACGGAUACUGCAAGUGAGAGAGAAAUGAAAACUAAGAGGGCAAGCUGUCUCCUACGUGCAUUUUAAUACGACUUACGUCGCUUUGCGAUACCAACGCCGCUACUAUGAGAAAUGCUCUUUAUUCAUUGGAAAUGCUGUUCCAGUUCCGGUCGAAAUAUUUUCCUAUGCAGUCGAAAAUCGAGACCCUGAUGGGGCCGCCGCACUGAACUUUGUUACGCCACUGUGCUCGUCGAUUGUUUGGUCCGUAUCGCCCUCUUCAGUACAGAAAAUCGAUUAAUCUUGCAAAUAAAGUGCAUCAGCGAAAUUUCCAGCUGAUUUUCAUAAACAAAUUGUAAUUUACAUAGGAAUUGCCCACAAUCAAUUAUAGCAAUUAGUACAUUACAGUAAAUGGAUGUAGAUGGAUUUUUUAUGUAUGUAACUACACUAUCUUGAUAAAUUAGUCUUAUCAUUUACUUCGAAUGGGAAUAAUAUAAUCACUAAAAGUGUAAGAAGAAAAUGUUGGCACCAGGCGUAAGAAUAGUACGUGGUCCAGAUUGGUCGUGGGGUAAUCAAGACGGUGGCGAAGGGCAUGUCGGUACUGUCUGCGAAAUUGGUAAAGCUGGCGCUGUUGGAUCGCCGGAUAAGACAGUUGUUGUUCAGUGGGACAAUGGUACAAGAACUAAUUAUCGAGUUGGGUAUCUAGGAAAGUUUGAUUUAAGAGCAAUUGACAAUGCGCAGAUUGGUGUUAAACAUCCAAAUAUAGUUUGUGAUGGUUGCGAUAGCCAAGGGAUAGCCGGUAUGCGUUACAAGUGCUCUGUGUGUUAUGAUUAUGAUCUUUGCUAUAUGUGUUACCAUGGCGAUAAACAUGAUGUGACUCACUCGUUCAAGAGAUUUGAUUCGGCUACUUCUACAGGAGUGGAUUUGCCCGUGCGCAAGAACGCAAAAAAACAAGAACUUAAGGGAAUUUUUGUCGGCGCCAAGGUAGUCAGAGGUUUUAAUUGGGAAUGGGGAAACCAGGAUGGAGGCGAAGGUAAGUUAGGACGAGUCCUGGACAUUCGUGGAUGGGACAAUGAAAGUAGUAGAUCCGUGGCGAACGUUACGUGGAUUUCGGGCUCGACUAAUGUUUAUAGAUUAGGACAUAAGGGGAAUUGUGACAUAAAGUUUAUUGAAUCAGCAAGCGGAGGUUAUUACUAUCCCGAACAUGUACCAGUUUUGGGUCAUGUUAUGGAACAGAGCAUUGUUCGGCCGGUUCGAACUGGUCCACCCCCUUUCAGUGUUGGGGACAAAGUGCAGGUUAUUGUUGAUGUUGAAGAGCUGAAAGCCAUGCAACAUGGUCAUGGGGGUUGGAAUCCUCGUAUGGCAGAGUACAUUGGCAAAAUAGGCACUGUACACCGAGUGACUGACAAAGGGGAUAUCAGGGUACAGUAUGAGGGUUGCAACAACAGAUGGACGUUUAAUCCUGUUACGCUGUGUAAGGUGAAUAGCUUUGCUGUGGGUGACAUUAUUAGUGUCAUAAGUGAUUUGGAUCGAGUUAAAGAAUUGCAAAAGGGUCAUGGGGAGUGGAUUGAUAUAAUGAAAAAUGCUUUGGGAAAAUUAGGGAAAGUCUUAAAAGUUUACUCUGAUGGUGAUUUACGCGUACAACUUGACGGACACGCCUGGACUUUAAAUCCACAAUGCGUACGUCUCGUUCCAGGGAGCGCAGCGGAAUUAGCCAACACAAUGCACGCAAACCAAAAUCAGAGACAGGAACCGUCAAUGCAAUGGCAACCUACGAACCCCGCCAAUAAUCAAACCAAUAGUACUGCAGACCAGUUAGUAAGGGCGGCUGCCCAAGGACAGCUAGAGACCGUUCAAAGGUUAUUGGAAGAUGUACCUAGAGGGAUGGUAGAUAUGCGGAGCGGAGGAAAAACGUCAUUACAAGUUGCUGCUCAUCAAGGGCAUGUGCAGGUUGUCAAGCUACUGUUGCGAAAUGGUGCAGCUGUAAAUGCUAGCGAUUCAGAUGGAGACACAUGCUUGCAUUAUGCUGCAUUUGGAAAUCAAUCUGAAGUUCUUGAAUUAUUGAUUCAGAACCGAGCAGAUUUAAAUACAUCAAAUCGUAGUGGUUGCACUGCGCUGCACAUAGCAGCUCACAAACAACCAGCUAGAUGUGUUCAAAUUCUAUUAGCGGCGGGCGCCGAUCCCAAUGGUCGUGAUCUGUACGGUGAUACAGCAUUGCACGAUGCGAUUGGCAAGGACAGUUAUCAAGUUAUAGAACUUCUUUGUACCGCUGCCAGCACCGAUUUUACUCUUAAAAAUAAACGGGGAUUUAAUGUCCUACAUCAUGCAGCGCUGAAAGGGAAGAAUUUUGCAACCCGUAAACUGUUAGCGCAGGCACGGCAGUUGGUCGACACAAAGAAAGACGAUGGCUUUUCUGCCUUGCACCUAGCAGCUCUAAAUGGGCAUCGCGAUGUUGUAGAUACAUUAAUUAGGAUUGGUCAAGCUGAUAUUGAUUUAAGGAACAAUAGAAAUCAAUCUGCAUUGUUGUUGUCUGUUAGUCAAGGUCACUGUAGCGUAAUAGAAUUACUAAUAAAAUUAAAAGCCAACAUUAACGCCAAGGACGAAGACGGUGAUACAGCUUUACAUCUUGUUUUAAUUAAACGAGCGCACAUCAAUACAGACGUUCGACAAGACGACAGUCCGACUAUUUUUACAAUACAUCAAAAUAUUUCUCAUAUCUCCGAAAAUAGAGUGGCAAUAGCGAUUGCAUGUUACCUCAUUCAAAUGGGAAUAGACAUGGAUUUAUUAAACGCGAAAAGUCAAUCGGCGCUAAAUUUAUUGCAAGAUUCCAGCUUGCAGGAGUUACUUAAAAGUUACAAGCCAAAUGUAGAUAGCAACCAAGUGCAGCAGAGUACGCCCGAAAAUAUAAACGUGGAAUAUUUAACGUUGAAUGAGCCAUUAAAUGUACCUGAUAGCUAUAAUUUAACUGAAAAUGUUCCUAAAGGAAGUCCCUAUCGUAAUGUAGUUAAUGAAGAUGUGAAAAGUACGCGUAAGAGCAGAAGAGAACAAAAGACUGAUAAAAGUCCUCUAGAAAUUGGCAGCACCUCCCAGGAAAAUUCGCCAAAUCACAAAAACCAUUACCAAAAUGAAAUAGUUACUAGUAAACCUGUCGAAUGUUUAGUUUGCUCGGACUUAUCGGAGGAGAACGUGAAGUUAGAACCCUGUAAUCACAAACCGGCUUGCGAAGAUUGUGCCUCACGAAUGAAAAAGUGCUUGCAGUGCGGGAUAGCUGUACAAAGAAGGGUGACUAAAGAUGGAAGAAUCAUACCGGCAAAAAGUAGACAGCCAAGUGCAGAAAGAAUGCGUUACUUAGAAUGUAAGAUUGCCGAAAUUGAAGAAAGUCAUGCAUGUAGUAUUUGUAUGGAACGAAAACGAAAUGUAGUGUUCCUUUGUGGGCACGGAACAUGCUCGAAAUGCGCAGAUACAUUAAAAACUUGUCAUAUGUGCAGAAAGACAAUAACUAAGAAAAUUCCUAUUUAUUAAUAUUUAUUACGUACAUCUUUCUGUAUAAAUAUUGCUACUAAUAUAGCAUUUAAUGGUUCAAUUUUAUUAUUGCAAUUUAUAUUCAGCUGUGAUUUUAUUCUAGUAAUUCCUUUUACUUCACGUGUAUGUGAAAUUGAUUUUAACCGAUUUUUUUUAUUCCUCUCGUAUAAUGUUACUUAUUUAUACAAUUCCAUCCAUAUUCUUAAAUGUUGUUAUAUGCUAUUAUAAGUAUAGGUAGGUACAUAGUAGGUUUCCUACCUGUCUAAGUAUAAACAUUGUAAAUUAUUCAUUUUGUAAAUGACUGACCUAUCAUUAUAUUUUAAAGAGUGAAUGCAUGCUGUGAAAUAAAAUAAUC